CUGGGUUGCACCGCAGCGCCCCCUCCCUCGUCCGAGCAAAAAGGGACCGGGAAAGAGAGAGUUUUCUUGCUCGAUCGAACAAAGGUCUUCUAUUUCGCGAUGAUGGUGUGGCGUAUUUAAAAAGCUGAGUUCUAAAAUGUGUGCAACUAGCCUUGCUAAUGGGUGAAGGCUGAGAAAGUGGCUUACGCGACAGGCCUGCAGUGUACUACUAGCCCACUCUGGGCGCCGAUUGGAGGUUGAGCUGAUGAUGCCCAGAGAAUAAUCUCGGCCCCGCCCCGGGUCACAUCUCCGUUUUAAGUUCGGCAGCUUUCACUUCCGCCUCGGGAGACCAAAGGGGGGAAAAACUAAAAGAUGUUCAACCGUGACCCGCAAGUGCCCCUCUGUAGAGUAGCUGCGUCACUCUAUCACAUAGUCCAGACUCCAGCGGCGUCGCUUGGCUUUCGCUACUCUCGCCACUCUCAAGAUGGCUUCUUGACGCGCCAUGACUGUGCCUCCCCUAAGAUGGCCGCUAGCCCCGCCUCUAUUCCCUUCCUCUCCCUUCCCUUGUUUUGAAUAAACUUUAUGGAGAAGCAGGAGUAGAAGUGGGAGCCUGGGCCUUGCUGAGGCCUUUUCAGCCGCUGUAGAGCCUCGUGGAGCCGCUUUACCCCGCGAAGGCCUCGAUCCCCGCCCUGGAGUAGGCGCUUCCGCCGGGGAGAAGGUGGCGAGGCCCGCAGUGCGUCCCGUCAGCCUCCGGGGCCUGGCCAGGAGAGAAGGGGAAGUCCCACGACCAGACGCCUGGGAGUUUGGAGAGAGCCUGGCUGGGAGUUGGGGGAGGAAAGAGAGACCUCCCCCCACCCGUUCUUCUGGGAGAAGCGAAGUCGGAGGUUGUCCUUGGAGCGUGUGGCCGCCUCGGUUAUUGCCAGGGGAAAGCGGGACCUGCUGCAGAUCUUGGCCCGGCGGAGAAGCAGCCUGGGCGAGAAGAGUGGGACGUUUGGGAGCCCACCAACUGCGAGGGUGACUCCCCCGCAUCUGGGGGGGAGCUUAAAGGGUCGCCUCUCCUCAAUUCUGGCUAGAAAGGGGACGGAGAACUCCUGAGGCAUGUGCAUGUGGGGCACAGAGGGUCCAGGGAAAGGCUUUGAGGGUUUCAGGCUCUCGAGGGGAGCCCAUAAAACUCUGGGUUGAAAUUGGGAGGCCUGAGAGACGAUUCGGAGGCGACACCUGGUGUUUCUGAGACAAAACGGACGGAACAGGGAUCCGAAUUUUGCAGGAAAGUUGGUGAGAAGUAGGAGGUGGAGGAAGUUCUUGGCCCCCUCCGCUGGGCAAGACUGACUUGCCCUCAGACCUCAGCAUGAUCAAUUUCUUCAACUUGCCAUAGUGGACAACUUGAUGUUGUUUGAGUCCUAAUUGGGCUUGUGAAGGGUCUUCCUCUGCUUGAACUUGGAGCAGCCACAUCCUCUAGCAUGGCCUCUGUCCCUGUGUAUUGCCUCUGUCGCCUGCCCUACGAUGUCACCCGCUUCAUGAUCGAGUGUGAUGUUUGCCAGGACUGGUUCCAUGGCAGCUGUGUUGGAGUAGAAGAGGAUGCAGCAGCUGACAUUGACUUGUAUCACUGCCCUAACUGCCAGCUUCUUCAUGGACCAUCUGUCAUGAAGCGACGCCGAGGAAUCCAGAAGCAGCCCGAUUCAUCUGCGAGCAAAGAGGUUGGCAAGAUGGUGAAGACAGGUAGUGCUCAGUUCAUCAAGGAGCUUCGUGGCAGAACGUUUACUAGUGCGGACGAGGUUAUCCUAAAGCCCAGUGGGGCCCAGCUAACAGUGGAGUUCCUGGAGGAGAACAGCUUCAGCGUGCCCAUCAUGGUCCUGAAGAAGGAUGGGCUGGGCAUGACUCUUCCGUCACCCUCUUUCACCGUCCGGGAUGUGGAGCAUUAUGUGGGUGCUGACAAGGAGAUUGAUGUAAUUGAUGUGACACGCCAGGCCGACCUCAAGAUGCGCCUGGGUGACUUCGUCAGCUAUUACUGCAGCAGCCGCAGGGAGAAAGUGCUUAAUGUGAUCAGCCUGGAAUUCUCUGAGACCAGGCUCUCCAAUUUGGUUGAGACUCCAAAGAUCGUGCGCAAGUUGUCCUGGGUGGAGAACCUGUGGCCUGGCGAGUCGGUCUUUGAGCGGCCCAAUGUGCAAAAAUAUUGCCUGAUGGGGGUGCGGGACAGCUACACAGACUUCCACAUUGACUUUGGCGGUACCUCUGUUUGGUACCAUGUGCUGAGGGGAGAAAAAAUCUUCUAUCUGGUGCGCCCCACUGCUGCCAACUUAACACUCUUUGAGGCAUGGAGCAGCUCCUCCAAUCAGAACGAAAUGUUCUUCGGGGACCAGGUGGACAGGUGCUAUCGCUGCCCUGUCCGUCAGGGCCAAACGCUCUUCAUCCCCACAGGUUGGAUCCAUGCUGUGCUCACCCCGGUCGACUGCUUGGCCUUUGGGGGCAACUUCCUGCACAGCCUCAACAUUGAGAUGCAGCUCAAGGCCUAUGAGAUCGAAAAGCGCCUCAGCACAGCAGAUCUCUUCAAAUUCCCCAACUUUGAAACCAUCUGCUGGUAUGUCGGAAAGCACCUUCUGGACAUUUUCCGAGGCCUUCGAGAGAACCGCAGGCACCCAGCCGCUUACUUAGUUCAUGGGGCGAAAGCCCUGAACACAGCCUUCCGCUCCUGGACAAAGAAGGAGGCCCUCUCUGAGCAUGAGGAAGAAAUUCCUGGCACUAUGCGUCCAGCGCAGCUCAUCAAAGAUCUGGCCAAGGAGAUCAGACUUGUGGAAGAUAUAUUCCAGCAGAACAUUGGGAAGACGGGCAGCCCGUUUGGCCGGCAGAGGGGCAGCCAGCCAGGUGCAGCAGCGGCCGCCAAAAGGGGAGACCAGAGUCCCAAGGAGCUGGGCAGGAAAGGCAGCCGGAAGGACGUGGCCUCGGUCAAAGCCUUGGAGCUGGAGCUUCUGGACAAGUACAAGCGGCAGGCGCUGAAAGGCAUGGAGAGUCCCUGCCUGGAGGAGUUUGAUUUGCCAAGUUCCAGCCUGGAAGAUACAGACGGAGAACCGGACCUGACAGAGGAGGAGCUGUCCUUGGUGGUGGCCAAUGGCCGGGGCACCAGGAAAAUAAAAGCCUCUGACCGUGCCCGGAGUCGUAAAGGAGCUCAAGCACAUGCCCCAGCUAGCCCCUCGGAUGCGGAGGCCCUCGACAUUGACUCCGAAGAAGAUCUGCAGAUCGACGAGAUGCCGCGCAGGGAAAGGAGGAACCUGGUGCUAUGCAAGAGGCUGCCCAAGUUUCCUCGGAAGCUGCCACGGGCGAAACCCUGCUCUGACCCAAAUCGAGUGCGAGAGCCAGGGGAAGUGGAGUUUGACAUUGAGGAGGACUACACCACAGAGGAGGAGGAAGAGGAGGAUGCCUCUGGGGACGACCAGUUGGAGGGCAGCAGCAGCGCCGGGGGCAUCCUUGACCUGCUUAAGGCCAGUCGGCAGGUGGGCGGCGCAGACUAUGAUGAACUCAGUGAUGCACCUGCCUCCCCCAGUACUCAGGAAGCCAUCCAGGGCAUGCUGUGCAUGGCCAACCUCCAGUCAUCGUCCUCACCAGGUGCCUCCAGCUUGCAGGCCUGGUUGGCAGCUGGGCACGAUCGCAGCUCUGCGGGAGCCUCCGGCACUCAGCGCUUAGGGAAGCGGCCCGUCAAACGUCCAGCCCAUCACAGCACUGACAGUGAGGAAGAGGCCAGCAUGGAUGAGCAGGAAAGCCUGGGGGCCUGCUUCAAGGACGCCGAGUACAUUUACCCUUCCUUGGAAUCUGAUGAGGAUGACCCAGCCUUGAAGUCGCUACCAAAGAAGAAGAAAUGCACAGAUGAUGCUCCCUGGAGUCCUAAGGCCCGGGUGACCCCGACACUGCCCAAGCAAGCCCGCCCUGUGCGUGAGGGGACCAGGGUGGCAUCUGUCGAGACUGGCCUGGCAGCUGCAGCAGCCAAACUGGCUCAGCAGGAGCACCAGAAGUUGCAGCGGCGGAAGCUCGUUGUAAAAAGGAAGCUGCCGUCUCCAAAGGCACCCAGCCCGGAGCCGGAGCCAGAGCCAGUGGAAGCAGAGCCAGAGCCAGAGCCAGAACCAGACCUGCCUCCUCAACAGGACCCAGAUCCUGUGGCGGCCCCAGUGCCCACCCCUCCCACGCCUGAACCCAAACAGGAGCAGUUUGCCGGCAGCCUGGUGGAUCACGAGUACACUGCCCGGCCCAACGUCUUUGGCAUGGCCCAGGUGAACCGCGGCUCCACCCCCAUGGCUCCCGGUGUCUUCCUGUCCCAGCGGCGCCCUUCGGCUGGCUCACCAGGUCCCCAAGCAGCACAGGGGAAACGUCCCAAGAAGGGGUUAGCGACUGCCAAGCAGCGCCUCGGCCGCAUCCUGAAGAUCCAUCGCAAUGGCAAGCUGCUGCUCUGAGUGCUGCCCUGAAGUCCGCUCCAGGCCUGACGCCCCUCGGGCAAUGGAGGCCAGGCAGUUCACAGAGACAUGUCUGGAGGCAUGCUGCUUUGGUCUCCUUGGAGCCGCCAGGACCAUGGGGGGUGUGGGUGGGGCGUGUGCUACCUCUCCCUUCCUCCUGUGGGUCGGAGACAGGACUGAGCUGCCCCUGCCGCAGGAAGCGUCCAACUGGACUGGCAGUUGCUCUGAUGUUGAGCGGACCCACACCGGCUUCCCCUGGAGGGGCAGACCAUGCAGGAGGCGGAGGGCUUCAUGGUGCCCACUGACUCUCCAUCCCUACCUCGACCUGCUGCACUUCUUUUGGUUCUGGGGCUGAUACCUCUGAAGAAUUCUCCUUUCCCUCUGCCAAAUCACAUGUGGGGUGGUGGUCAGGGGUUCCCCCCUUCCUCUUCUCUAGCACUUCAACCACCCUUCUUAUUUUGGCUGCUGCACACAGGUUCUGGCACGCCAAGGAUUUUGAUUUUGAUUUUUUUUGGCAUUGACAGGUUUUCCCAGCAGGAAGCAACUGCUUGUGGCCUUCAUUGAAGCAGAUGCCCCACUUGUAAUUCGAGAGGGAUCCCUUGCCCUCCGAGGCUCUGCAGCUCCUUUCCAAUAAGCCUUGGGGGAGGUGUGGGCGUGAAACCAUUGCCCAGUGCCCUAUAGCCUAGAGUCACCAACUGCUCCGCAGACUCCAAGAAGGCAGGACAGAGACACACACCCCACAACUGUGUUCUUUCUCAAGAACUUGCAGUAGUGGGGGAAGAAUCCCAGACCAGGGAUGCCCCUACACUCAGUGGCUUCAGCCAAGUGGGUGGGGGAGGUUUAUGCGCAAACAGCAUGGCUUAUAAACAAAGCACACCCUCCUGGUAGCUUCCCAUGAUUCAUGUGCUGCUGGACUGUACCACCUCAGACUGCAGGUGGGAGAAUCAAAAGUCUGGUAGGCUCUCCUAGAUGAUAAACUGCACCUUCGAGGGAGGUCUGCCUGACUGGCCGCUUGUGGCUGUGUACAAGUAUUUAGGCGGCAUCCUAACAGUUCCCUUUGCCCCACUUGCAGUCAGAAGGGGUACAGGCCAACACCAGAUCCCUCAUCUGGGGCUGCUGCCGCCUGCAGCAUUGCUCAGAAGGGACAGGAGUAUCCCACCUGCAGGCUUCCUGUUAUGCCAGGAGGGUUUUCAGUGCAGCUUCGGCAGCUGUUCCUCUUGCAGCUCUCUCUGGUGGUUUCGUUUCCCUCGCUGAGCCUGCUUUGAGACUUUUGACAUAAAGCAGUCUCCCUCCACCUCCCCUCCCCACUUCUUACCUACAGCGGCUGGGAAAUUCAUGCGGCAGGGAGGGCACCAGGCCCCCUAAGCAAGGACUUAAAACGCGUUUCUACCCAGCCGCACGGCUCAGUUUCUAUGGCUGUGUACCAUAUUUUUACGCCAGGCUCCAGCAGGCUUUGUGUAAAUGUUUGAAUUCUAUUUUUUAGGCAUCUCUCUAGAAAUGUGUGUUUAAAAAAAAAAUCAAACGAGGAUGAUACUUUUUUUUUUAUAUAUAUUCUGGGUUAGAAUAAAAGCCUUUGUCAGUUUA